AUGUCUCUGCUUGACCGCAGAUCAAGCGCCGGCGAGCUUGAAGACCCGAAAAUCCCGGAUCUUGGCCUUGCUGUACGGGCGUACAAGGCUUGUGCGGCAUGCCGGGCGCGCAAAGUCCGUUGCAUCAUCGAGGAUAGAGCGGCCGGGGCGAACUGUGUUCAAUGCUUGAAAGACGGUCGAGAUUGCGUCUUUGAAGCUAAGAAGCGCUCCUACGAUACGAGUACUCGCACGAGGAAAGCCCAGGAGAAGCGAGCUCGGCUUGAGGCCCCAGAACAAACGCCACCCGCGGAGAACCUUUGCCAUGAUCAUUUCAACGUCCGAAGCUCUGCAGAUGCGCUCCUAUUCUUGUCAGAAGCCGUCGCGAGGCAUGGGGAUGAUGCAGAGCAACCUCGAGAACCAGUCCAACACCACUCCAUCGUCUCAGCGACGUCGGACAGUAGAGACGAAGGUGGGGUUUCAGGGCUGGCUGAUACCGAAGAACGAGUCAGACUUGAAUCACCAGCCUCACCUUGCGAGAAUGCCAAUAUCCAAGAUACGGUAGCAACCUUUCACUGCCGGCUUUUCUGGGAGGAUAUCGUUACGCCCAACGAAGCGUUGGCGUAUAUUUGCUUCUUUUUCAGAGACCUCUAUCCUUUCUUUCCUUUCAUUCCAGACGCCUACUACACAUGCGUCACCGGACCUAGCCCUGACCUACAAGUAAUGCGCUCGCUAUUCGAGGAGGAUGAUGUACUUCUGGGGUGCCUCAUUACAGUUUCCAGCCGUUACUACCACCUCCCGAGGCAUACUGUCGGUGGAUAUGAGAGAAGCUGCGAGGUUCACAAUAGCUGCUGGGUGUGGACAAAACGCCAGGUUGCCAGAGUAAUCUUUGAAGGCGUCAGACCAAAGUCCCCUUUGUCGGUUGUCGAGACUCUACUCAUGCUGGCUGAGUGGCUACCGAAGCCUAUUCACGCCUUUGUGGAGAACAGCAAUCCUCAAGGUAGAUCGACCCAAGGCCAACGAGUCGGCGAGCUAAUCCUUCAGCCCGCUUUCCGUACAGACCAGGUUUCUUGGUCCUACGUCGGUAAUGCAUUCCUUCUUCUACGGUCUCUACCCCCGAGUCGCAGGUCAUGCCCAGUGCUAAAGACUUCGAGUCGUUAUUUGACCACUUUGUUCGGAUGUCUCAUAAUGUCCCAGUCGCUGGCUCGUCGCCUGGGUCGCCCCGCUCUCAUGAGCUUUGAAGACGUGGACCUCACUCAGGUCAGCCAGGCUUUCCACGAUCGCAACAUGAGACUUCACGGGCCACAAAAUGGUACUGAGGCUAUCCCCAAUCUCAGCCUUGGCAUUUCAGAUCAGUUUCACGGCGCCUUUGUGGAGCUAAUGAAACUUUUGGCCCACACUCAGGACGUCUUGCACCCACCGACUGGAGAUGGUAUAGUUGAACCCAAACCCGGCGCGUCACAGACGAAUCAACGACUCUUGGCUCUACUACAGCACUUUGACAUGAUGAAUCAAACCUGGAAGACGCAAUAUGGCAGCCUGUGGGAAUCUAGCGCCCCUGGCAUGUCGGAGUUCUCAAGGGCCAUGCUGAGGAUCGACUUCGAGUACCUCCGACUCUACGAGUUCUCCAUGAGCCUGGGCACAUAUCUUAAACUGGCGGGAGGAGGAAAAGAUACCGCUUCUCUCUCUGGACGGGGCUCCUUUGAGCAACAAGAAAAUGACUGGGAAUUUCCACCAACCUCGCUUGCUUACUACAUAGAGCAGGCCAUCGAUGCGGCAGAGCUACUUCUUGGCCUGAUGCUACGUUUCCACUCGCCAAUGGGUAAGAACACGCUGCGAUACGCUAGUUCGAGACAUUACAUGAAGAUUGUGUUCGCAUCUGUGUUUCUAAUCCAGGUCCUUCGAUCCGGUAUUCCUAGUAUGUCCUACCAGACGGUUUUAAUUGCCACACUCAAGGAUACCGUGGCGGUUCUUGAAAGGUGUAGUAUAGAUGCUGCACACCCGGCACUCCGAUACUCUAUUUUACUCCGAGGCUUGAUGAAAGACCUCAAGCCAUCGAAGCUACCAGAGUCAUCUUCUCUGAUUCCUCUCACAAUUGGUCAGAGACAAGCCAAGAAUACGAUGCCGAAUGAAUCCACCUGGAACGGGUCAUAUCCACUUGGCGAUGCUGUGAAUUCGCUCUCGAACCAAGAGUACCAGCCUCUUCCUUUCCCGGUUCCGGGCUUCGCUAAUAAGACACAUAGUGGAACCCAGACGGAUUUCAACAAUGUUUCCUUACCCAGUGUAGGAGUUUCCCAGUGGUUAUCCUCGACCGGGUACGCGGAAGGGAUCCAAUGGACCGGAUUUGGUAGCUCGAUUAUUGAGUGGGAGGAUUCUAUGGCGCAAUUGGAUACCGACACGUUCCUUCAGUCACUCAUGGGGGUUGAUGUGUUUCCCACCAUGUAG